AUGAGAAUCGCACGCUCUUACACAGCGCCUGCGGCGCCGUUCACGCUUAAAUUCAGCGCACUUAUCAUACAGGGCGCCUGCGGCGCCCUUCACACUAACAGGUCGGGCAAAGCCCGACAUUCAGCGCGCUCCGCGCGCUCUUACAUACAGAGCGCCUGCGGCGCCCUUCACACUAAUAGGUCGGGCGAAGCCCGAGAUUCAGAGCGCUCCGACGGCGCCUGCGGCGCCCUUGACGCUAAUAGGUCGGGCGAAGCCCGACAUUCAGCGCGCUCCGACGCGCGCUUUUACAUACAGGGCGCCUGCGGCGCCCCUCACACUAACAGGUCGGGCGAUUCAGCGCGCUCCGCGCGCUCUUACAUUCACACUAAUAGGUCGGGCGACGCCCGAGAUUCAGCGCGCUCCGACGCGCGCUUUUACAUACAGGGCGCCUGCGGCGCCCCUCACACUAACAGGUCGGGCGAUUCAGCGCGCUCCGCGCGCUCUUACAUACAGGGCGCCUGCGGCGCCCUUCACACUAAUAGGUCGGGCAAUGGUGGUGGUGGUGGGGGUAGCUCCAGUGGUGGUGGGGGUAGCUCCGGUGGUGGUAGCUCGUGGAGUAAUCAAUGGCAUAAAGAAUGGCAUGAAGAGCAUCACAGCGAAUGGAGUAUUGAGUCACAUAAUCAAUGGAGUGCGGAACAAUCCAGAAUACAUGAUGGUUACGAAAACGGUGGCGGUGGCGGCGGCGGUGGCGGAAAUGGCGGUGGCGGUGGUGGCAGCAAUGGCGGCGGUGGUGGCGGCAAUAGCGGUGGAGGUGGCAGUGGCGGCGGCGGCAAUGGCGGCGGUGGCAGUAGCGGCGGUAGUGGCCAUGGCGGUGGCGGCAAUAGUGGCGGCGGCAGUGGUGGCGGUGACAAUGGUGGCGGUGGCGGCAUUGGCGGCGGCGGCAAUGGCGGCGGCGGCAAUGGCGGCGGUGGCAAUGGCGGCGGCGGCAAUGGUGGCGGCGGCAAUGGCGGCGGAGGCAAUGGCGGUGGCGGCAAUGGCGGCGGUGGCAAUGGCGGCGGCGGCAAUGGCGGCGGCGGCAAUGGCGGCGGUGGCAAUAGCGGCGGAGGCAGCAGUUGGGGCGGUGGUGGCGGCAGUUGGGGCGGCGGUGGCGGUAGUUGGGGCGGCGGUGGCGGUAGUUGGGGCGGCGGUGGCGGCAAUGCGGGCGGCGGCAAUGGCGGCGGUGGCAAUGGCGGCGGCGGCAAUGGCGGCGGUGGCCAAAGUGAAGGUAACGAGUGGAAUAGUGGAAUAAAUUGGAACACGAACAAUGGACAGACCAGCGUGGACAUAUAUGGUGUACAGACUAAUGUGAACGCUGAUGGGCAGAUUAGUCAAAACAUCAUUGAGGGGAACUAUGAUAACGGCGGUGGAUUACAGGGCGGUGGUGGCGGUAGCGCUGGCGGCGGCGGCGGUGGCGCUGGAGGCGGCGGCGGAGGCGCUGGAGGCGGCGGCGGUAGCGGCGGUGGUGGCGGUAGCGCUGGCGGCGGCGGCCAUAGCGGCGGCGGUGGUAGUGGCGGCGGCGGUGGCGGUAGCGGCGGCGGUGGCGGUAGCAGCGGCGGUGGCGGUAGCGGCGGCGGUGGCAGUAGCGGCGGCGGUGGCAGUAGCGGCGGCGGUGGCGGUAGCGCUGGCGGCGGUGGCGGUAGCGGCGGCGGUGGCGGUAGCGCUGGCGGCGGUGGCGGUAGCGGCGGCGGUGGCGGUAGCGGCGGCGGUGGCGGUAGCGCUGGCGGCGGUGGCGGUAGCGGCGGCGGUGGCGGUAGCGCUGGCGGCGGUGGCGGUAGCGGCGGCGGCGGUGGCUCCAGCCAAUGGGGUGCCGGUGGCCAGGGCGGUGGUGGCUCUAGCCAAUGGGGCAGCAGUAACUCUAACCAAUGGGGCAACAGUAACUCUAACCAAUGGGGAAGUUCCAGUUCCAGUCAAUGGGGUGCAGGAGGAGGAGAAGCGGACAUAGUCAUUAAUGGUCCACAGUUUAAUAACGAUGAAAUCGGGUCACAAGACAAUGUGUUUAAUUAUUUUAACAAGAAACUGAGACAGGCCGUGUCUAAAAACAAGCUAUCUAGUGUGACAAAGUUAAGCGCUUCGGUGACACCUAAGCAAAAAGAAGAUGCUUUACAGGUACCUACUUUAAAUGUAUAAAAAAAAUAA